AUGGUGAAGAAAAAAACCACAAAAAGACUUCCUAGUGAAAUCAAUUGGCUGCGUAAGAACAGCAACAACAACAUAACACACAUCGACUUUUUUAAUUUUUUCAAAACGUACGAUACAAGAAGAGUACAAAUACGCUUCUUAGCAAUAACCGAUUAUGUGGAGGAUGAGAAUCUGAAAAAAAAGCUAAAAGACAAUUACAACGUGUGGCGCAAGACAAAAGCUGCUAAAGACUUCUGGAAGCAAAGAAAUUUGGAAAUCAACCAAUUGAACGAUGGAAACUCUCCCCCUCGACCCCAAGAAAGUGACCAUGCUAGUUCUUCUGUAACCACAGCCAGUGCUUCAGCAACUACAACCACCACCGCCACAGUAGAUAGUGUCGAAACAAUUAGUUUUGAGGAUGCCAAAGCAAUAAUAGCCCAAGAUGUGAAAACGGAGCAUAGCUCAAAUAUGUAUUCAAAUUCUUUGUCACGAUUCAAGAGAGACGUAUAUGAAUCAAUGGAGGCUCCUCUUACCUAUGAGACUCACUUGCAACAACUACUUGCAUUCUCUGAUAUAAUCUACCUUGAGAAAAAUUCA